AUAAAUAUAUUUACAUUGUCUCAAUAAAAUAUCAGUGUUAAUAGUAUAAAACAUUUUAAAAUAUUGUAUUUCAAUAGCAAGUGAUGACAGAAUACCGUGAAUGUUAUGUUUGUGGUAUAAAUAACUGGGACCACCCGGAUCUUAAACUUGGUGAGAAUUAUGUCCCCAAAAACAGUGGUAUAUUCACUUGUGAGCCCGACAGACAAUGGUUUUGUAAAAAUGCCAAAUUAAAGAAAUCGUGUCGAAAAGGGGAAAUGGGUGCAAACGCUCUGGAAAAUUGUGACAUAAGUGUGUGCCCGGCCUGUAAGCUACACAAGUGCUAUAGAAUAGGAUUGAAACUCGGCGCCAUCAGUGGUAACAAACGUCAAAGAAAUAACACGACCUACACGUCGGGGUUUGGUAUAAUGCAGCGGUUUAACAACAUGCUGGGUUUUGGGAAUGGUCAGGGUCACUCAGGGACUAAUACUAGUUUUAACAGACACCAGACACAACCAUUCCCACAACCACUCUAUACUGUUACGAAUCAUGAAUUCGAGGCAACUCAGGGGUCAGAGUGUAAUGACCAGGGUUAUCAAACGACAAAUUGUACAUCCGCACCACCAAUGAAUACUGGUAAUAUACAACCAGUUUAUUGUGGCCAAUAUCAACCCAAUUCAAGUGCAAACAAUGGUUACAAUUUUGGCGCGAAUUCAACGGGUCAACCAAACCUAACACAUACAUCGGGUGCACAGACUGGAGGGCCAUAUACUGAACCCCUAACGCCAAGUUACGGGACAUCCACUUCAGUCCACUCGAUUGAAAGUACUUCCAGUCCUUUGAUUACCAAUAGUAUUAAUACGGAUAAUAAUAUAGAAUACCCUGUUUUGCAAGACUUAGUUGAUCUCGAGUUGCCAACUAAUGAAGGAACAGUAGGUCAGGGACUGGAAUAUAUGUAUACAAACGAAGCUCUUCCUCAACAACAACCCCAACCAUUAGCUAAUACUUCAACGGCAGUCGAGUCCUAUGAGACACCACUUGUAUUACAAACCAAUGCAACCAAUAAUAUACUACGGAAUCAAACGGACAACUCAGCCGAUAAUAUUGUCUACGAUAUGAUUCAUACGUUAAUUAAUAAAAUUAACCUUGGUACUCUUGAAAACUAUAAUUCAAUACUUCAACGGCAGUCGAGUCCUAUGAGACACCACUUGUAUUACAAACCAAUGCAACCAAUAAUAUACUACGGAAUCAAACGGACAACUCAGCCGAUAAUACUGUCUACGAUA